GGAUUGGGGAGUGGGCACCAAAAACCUUGGUUUCCAGGAGCGAGCCAAAUUUUCUCCCUCAAAGAGCCUCAAGGAAGUAUUUCAACUCCGGUUCUUGGAAAAUCCAAACCGUAGUUUUCUCCUUGCUUUGGCUCCUCGCGGGACUCUCAACCCGCGCAGGGUAGACGUUGGUCAGCCCCAAGCGAGACCGCCUAGAGUCCACCCGCUCCCAGGAGGGUGGGACCGAAACUCAGGAGCCUGGGCAGAGGGCAAGAAGUCGCGGGUGCGCGCGGACAGGGGGGAAAACUAUGGACCACAACUCCCGACAUGCCCUGCGGGCUGCGCCGAAAACGGUUGACUGAGAGCUCUAGCUUUAUUGCCCUUGUCGGCCAAUAGGACGCAGGAGGGAGACAUGACCCGGAUUCUCGGGGACCAAUGGUGGGGCAGGGGAGGCGGGUGCUUCCUUACUACUCAUCUUGCCCUCGGAAAAAUCCUAUUUCAAAGGUUGGGCCGGGGCGGGCUCUGGUGGGCCAGGAGAACAGAGCCGGAAGGUGCGGCGGCGCCGCGAAAACGGCGCCAGGAGGGUCCCGGUCCCCGCGAGGCGCGCGCCGGACGCCGCUGGGGGCGGGGCCGGAGGCGGGGCCUGGCCUCGUUGUGGAGCGGCUCGUAAUCCAUCAUGGCGGCCGCGGGGGUCAGUGUCCGUUCCUGAGCAGCGCCGGAGCUGGAGCCGGUUCCCAGGUCCUGCGGCUGAGGAGCACCGCCGUUGUCCACGGCCCCUACCUGCGGGGGGCGGCUAGGCCCCGCGGCGGAGCUCGGGGGAUGUGACUGCCCGGCGGCUGCGGCAACGUCCGGGGCCGGGGGAGGGGGUGUCUCGGGCAGAGACCCCCGGGCUCGGGGCAGCCGAGGCGGCCGGGCCUCCUCCCCCCUUCGCCGCCUCCCCGCUGCGGAGCCCCGAGAGUCUUUGGUCCCUCACCGCCCUGCGCCGGCUCUGGGACCCUGGGGGUGGUCUCUUCCCCCUGGACCUGGGGCGCCCGGCUUCCUGACGCGGAGGAGCGUCGCCCGAGUAAGCCGCCCGCGCCGCGACCGGCAGCCUCCCUCUCACCUCGAGCCGCCCCUGUGCCGGACCGUCCGACUCGCAGCCCCAAGUUGGGCCUCGGAGCCCCCCGUCUCCCCCUCCCCCCAUUAAAACCCCCUCCCUGCUGUCAGGGGGCCUCCCCUCCCCCAGGUUGCUCCCGGGAGCCUCUUCAUGCCCUGACUUCUCCCAAUGUCACCGACGGCGCCCCUCGUCCCAGCCCUGCCCCAAACUUCCAUGCGGAGGAGAAGUCUGGACUCGUUUCACCGGCCGUUUAAAAAGCGGACUUAG